ACUGGCUGGGUCUCCGGGCGGCGCUGGACUCGCAGCCCUCAGUACCGACACUUCAAUCCUUUUCACCGAGAAAAACAGGGAGGCUUCAGUCGGCAAUAAGCGGAGAGGCGCUGCCGUGAACGACCCAAGGCAGGCGUUGGUUUGUGCACUACCGGCGGAUCGAGGCUUCCCUCCCUCCCUCCCCCCUCUCUCCCUCUCUCCCUCUCUGUCUUUCAUUUCUUUUCUCUGCCACCCCCCCUCACCACCCCCCCCCCUCUCUCUUUUUGUCUUGUGUUGUUGGGAGAAGACCUUUGUGAAUACCAGGACCUCUUCCGAGCUCAAAGGAGAAAGGACCAUUGAGCAAUGGCUCAAGAAACUAAUCAGACCCAAGUGCCUAUGUUAUGUCCGACAGGCUGCGGUUUCUACGGAAACCCCCGGACCAGUGGGAUGUGCUCCGUCUGCUACAAAGAGUUCCUGCAGAAACAGAACAACAGUGAUCGAAUCAGUCCAUCGGGCACAGCAAGUAACCCACCUUCAGACCCAGACCCAGCACACAGUACAGAAGUGUCCCAGCAAGGUUCCCUGCCUACAGCUGUCUCUUCCACCUCUCCACUAGGAUCAGCGGCCACGGACAGCAUCAGCCCAACAUUGCCGAUGGCCACUUCGGAAACAAAAGAGACGGCGAUGGAACAGAAGUUUGAGGCCUCCUCGUCGGCGGCCGACGAUCCGCGGGGGUCCCAGGAAGACCCGGAAAAGUCUCCGGAAAAGAACAAGAAGCGGAAUCGUUGCUUCCUUUGCAAGAAGAAAGUCGGACUAACGGGCUUCGAGUGCCGGUGUGGGAACCUGUACUGCUCUGUCCACCGGUACUCUGACAUGCACGACUGUCACUUCGACUACAAAGCAGAUGCAGCAGAAAAGAUCCGGAAGGAAAAUCCCAUGGUGGUCGGCGAGAAGCUGCAGAAGAUCUAAAAAGGCCUCGGAAUAAACCCUGGGUCUGCAUGUCCAACCAACCCCAUCACAUCUCCUGGUUUCCUUUUUGUUUGAUUCAGAUGUUUUUUCCUAGUUUAUGGAUGGAAUCUUUCUAUGCUUUGGGGGUGGGGGCGGCGCUGUGUGGGGGGGGGGGGUGGCGAGCCCCACUUCCCGCAGUCUCAGUCGGGAGGGGUUGGAAUCGGGGUCUGAUUUGGAUCAACGGGAGGGAGGAGGGGGUGAGGAACCGUUCCCUCUGUUUCCCGCAGUGAGUGUGGGAACUCACUCCAGGACAGCAGGAGCUUGUUCUCUGCGACUCCCUCUUUCCCCCCCCCCCAUCCCUCGCUCCCCUCCCCUCCAGUCCCUCCGUCUCUCUCACCCCUCGUUCACACCCUUCUGGACCCCCUCCAGCCCCUCCCCUCUGCCCUCCCGAAGCAACGCCCACCCCCCCCCCCCCACACACACACACACACCCCCCCGCACACCCCUCCCCACCAUCGUUCACCACGCCGGGCACCUCGCUGACCGCCAAUGGCAGAUCUGACUCCCGGAACCCGUCGCCCUGCCCCUGUCCCAAGUGAGGGAGUGGGGAGGGAACGAACUGGCACCCGCCCCAAUGCAGCCUGGAAUCGUAGUCACCCAAAAUAGGAUUUUUUUUUAAAAAGAAAUAUAUAUAUAUCUAUAUAUAACCAAACCACACCUCUCGUGUUUUGUUGAACUGGUUUUCUGCUGGGGUUCCGUCGCUAUAGCGAUGCUACUUCGCAGAGAGACUUUGGCACAGCGAUAGUAAAGCAAAAUAAAGCUGCGAUCGAUUUA